CCUCUCCGUGCCUCAGUCCAGCCCUCGAGCCCUGCAGCGAGUCAACGAACAGGACUAGAGAGCAGAAAAGGGAAACUCCACGGUCUCUGCCUGACUCACAGAACGAAAACAAACGUGUACGCGCGCACGUUGUUGAAAUCACCAGACGCAACGAUGUCUGAGGAAAUUAUAGCCAGAAUUUGUCUUCUUCUUCUCAUCAUCCGCUCGACAAUGGCCCAAACGGACUGUUCUCAGCCAUGCGUAUGCCCCACCGACCGCUCUCCCUGCCCGUUCGGCACCAGCCUGGUCCUGGACGGCUGUGGCUGCUGUAAGGUGUGCGCCAGGCAGGCAGGCGAACCCUGCACGGCCCUGGAGCCGUGCGACCACCACAAGGAUCUGUACUGUGACUUCGCGGUGCUGAGUGACACUGAACAUGGCAUCUGCAUGGCACAGGAAGGCCAGACUUGUGACCUGGGAGGGAUUAUCUACCACAGUGGAGAGACCUUCCAGCCCAGCUGCAAGCACCAAUGUGUCUGCAUGAACGGAGAGAUCGGCUGUGUGCCAACUUGUGCAAGCGACGUACGGCUGCCCUCCCUCGACUGCCCAUACCCGCGCCGAAUCCAGAUCCCUGGCCAGUGCUGUGAGGAGUGGGUGUGUGACCACAGUCCUGAGGAAAACCCUUACCAGUCCGCCAUGGCUGGAUCCGACACUCACUCCUUGGUCUCCUCUCCCCCUCUGUCAGUCUUCAGGGAGGUGUCUCCCCAUGGACCGGUGUCGGCCGAGAGCCCCCGGGACAACUGCAUCGUCCAGACAACCGAGUGGGAUGAGUGCUCCGUCACCUGUGGCAUGGGGGUGUCCUCCCGGGUCACCAACGACAAUGAGCGGUGCCAGCUGGAGAGACAGACUCGCAUCUGUCUAGUUCGGCCAUGCCAGCUAGCGCAGGAGGUAGACAUUAAGAGGGGAAAGAGGUGCGUGCGGACCGCCAAAGCUCAGCGGGGCAUGCGCUUCGAGCUCUCCGGCUGCCGCAGCAACAGACUCUACAAGCCCAAGUUCUGCGGCGUGUGCACGGAUGGCCGCUGCUGCAAGCCCCACGCCACCGUCACCUCCGAGGUGGAGUUCCGCUGCCCUGAGGGAGACACGUUCAGGCGGAAGAUGAUGUUCAUCAAGACGUGCUCCUGCCACCACGACUGCCCGCGGGACAACGACAUCUUCCUGGCCUCGCACAUGCGCAGAAUGAUCGGGGACUACGACAAUGACAUGUAAACAACAUGUUAACCACAUGGCUGCCAAGACACAGGCACUGCACAGACACAAGGAAAUGAACACAUGAACACACACACACACACACACUGAUAGAACUCAUAAAACCUUGCAUCACUAAUCCACGGGCAGCUCUUUAAAUCUCUUGAACCCUGUCUCGACCCUAUCUCUCCACAGACAUGUCAGCCUUGUGAGAUUGAUAACAGAUAAUAACAAGUGGUUUCAAGAUAUGAAGAUGUGCAUGAGACUGACUCUCGAGCGUGAGACUGAGUCUUUAGGUUUUUCCUUCUUUUUUUCUUCUGUUUUUAGUUGUAACGCACUGCUCUAAAGUCACCUGGCUCUUUGACUGGCCUUCCUGUAUGUUCAGAGAAACUGCAGGAGGGACUAAAGCACUGAAAAUGCAAUGUUAUAGACACUAAGGUAUAUUUACAUUUACUUUGCUAUAGUGCCAUUGGAACAGGACAUGUUAGUGUACAGAGGAAGCAGUGGCCUAGAUUGAGCACUGAACUGAAGCACUCACUGAAGCAAACUUCACGUGUUGACGCAAAAUGUUGUAACACAACAUAAAAAAAGAAAAACAUUUUUUUUUCACAUGUUAAAGAUUUACGAUACAGACUGUGGAUAUAUUUUAUUAGUAUUAUGUGCCUUGACGUCUGAAUUAUAUUGACUGAAUAUACUGUAUAUAAUUAUAGACACCUGACACAAAACUAAUGUUUAUGAUUCUUUUGACUUUUCGACAUGGCCAUUUUCUAGUGUACCUCUCAAAACCUGGUCACAUAAUUUCUAGAUAACUGCUGACUACUGAUAGAGUUUCAGUACAGUACAAGAGGUCCAAGCGACGUUGGGGUCACUAAAAUAUGCUCUCCCUGACCCUGAAUGCAUUCUCAAAUCAUAGUCAAAUAGACACACCUAACAAUAAGACGAAACACUAGUCCGGAAACGCAAGUAGAGGCUUGGCUGAAGGAUUCCUGUCUAUAAUAUUGUUUAUUUAAAAAAAUUGAAGGAUCUAAGGACAGAAAUUUGGUAUUUGACAAAUACAACCUAUGUAAAUACUGUAAGACUAUGUACAGUUUUGUACUAUAAUUUAUGUAUCUUGAUGUUUCAUUAAUAACACCAUGUUGUAGUUUUCUGUUGUAUUUGAACUGUAUCAUACUUGUUCUUCACUGUAGUCACCUGGCCAAGAUUCAAGGCGGUCCCUGUUUGUUGCACUUUCGUCUACUUUCAAUAAAUAAAUUAUAUUUUUUAUACAUAAACGACAGUU